CCUCCCAAGUUCGGUUGCCCGGCAGCGUCAUGGAUGCUCUUCCGACGAGCGGAGGAAAGGAGAGGGAGACCGAUUACAGGAGCGGAGCGAAAAGCCCACGGAUUCGGAGGACCCACAGUACUCUAGCUCCCCUGAAAGCAGCUACAUGAAGUGGAGGUACUCCUCCGAAACCCGGCGCUGCGUGAAGUGAGGGUGCGGAGGGGCGGCGCUAGUGGAGGGAUGAAUGAAAACACGGCGUUGCACUGAGCGAGCAGCUAGCAGAGCUAUAAUAACAGCAGCGAGCAGCGAGCCUGGGUAUUGUUUGUUUGUGGGAACGCUUGUUUUGUUGGGCAAGAGCGUUUUGAAAGGGUGGGUUGUAACGGGGGCGUGUGUUCACAAGCUAUGCUUUAGGCAUCAUCUUAAGUGGGAAUUAAAUGGGGUCAAACGUCAACACGAGGUGCACGUAGACUUGUGGAGAGACGAUGUUGACCCUCAGACACAGCUCCACUCAGCUGACACCUGAUCUGACCAGGCUCUCUAUCUCUGUCUCUUUAAUUAGCUCGACGACUUAUUCAUAUACGGCGAGGUGCAAGCAAGCUGCGCCUGUUUCAUGCGUGGGAUGGUUUUAUGUGUAAAAGUAGCCGCGUUAGCCUGCACUGGGCUGAUUCCCCCGUUCAGAUAAGAAACAUUCAGACAUUUCGUCUCGGACGCUUUAGACGGGCUGAAAUAUCAGUCAGACACGGCGCCAGUUAGUCAGUCGCUUGCGCGAUUUUGCCUGAUUGGUUAGUUUUGAUAGGGUGGUCUGUCUGAGUUCGUGCUGUUUGGGGCCAUAUGCGCCAUGUAGCCUGCAGGAGAGCUGAAACGGAACAGGCUCUGAGUGAAGUUAAAGGUGCGCGCCGUCGCUGGGACGCAGUAAGCUCGCAGGAGGGAGGAGGCAGAGGAGGAGAAGAAGGAGGAGGGGAUGAUCCCUGGCGGAGCGGUUGGCAGAGUAAUCGGCCACACUGAGAGCGGAUUUGGCCAGAUUAGCCACGGACUGCUGUUCUGUUCGCCUUUACGCGGCCGGUGAGGUGGAGGAACGCGCGCAGCUCCGCUCUGCCUGCGCUUUUACGCACUGGUCCCCCCACACGGCGCUCUCCGGGGCGCGCUGAAGUGCGCGAACCUGGACACUCCACGCGGUGAUCUGGGUCUCCAGCGCGGACUGGUCAAGCCCUAAAAUGUCUCUGAGCGCUGAGAGGGAUCCCCCUGGCAGCAGCGCGCGCCCGAAUCUGUAGUAACAAAGCGCCAACUAACUGUGGACCUGUGACCUGUUGAGUCGAGGCGGUCUUCCGCGGGCGAGGAUGCUGUUUUACAAACCAACCGGGCUUUGUGAGUAGGAGCCCUCGGUGAGCCCCCCACGGGUCCUCUGUGAGGAUGCUGCGCUUCCCGCUGAAGAAAAUCAGGAAGCAGUUCAAGCUGCUGCUGCUGCUGGUGCUGCUUACCUUCGCCGUGUGGUUCACCUACUUGCACAUCAACCAAGGCAAAGCCAUAAAACUCCACUUCAACUACGGCAAAGAUGGAGAGAGGCAGACAGAGGGGACCGACGGCAGCCGUAAGAGAGACCCGCGUUCCUCAGAUGGCCAUCGCAAGAGUGAGGAUACCAGCGACAGCCACGAGGAAGACGCAGCGGAGGAUGAGCUUCACGUUGAUGGCGCUAAUGGCAGAGAUCAGUCUGAGAUCCGGAAGUUUCUCUCUCAGAAGCACAAGAAGUUGCCAUGGAAACCUGAGUUUAAAGGUCAGGCUAACCUCCAUGUUUUUGAAGACUGGUGUGGCUCCUCUGUUUCUCAGCUCAGAAAGAACCUUCAUUUCCCUCUCUUCCCUCAUACAAGAACUGUAGUGAAGAAACUGGCUGUUGCUCCAAAAUGGAAAAACUAUGGCUUGCGAAUCUUUGGCUACAUUCAUCCAUACAAAGACGGGGAUUUUCAGUUCGCGGUGGCCUCUGACGAUAACUCUGAAUUCUGGCUGAGUUCAGACGAGAGUCCACUGAACGCCAGGCUGCUGGUCUAUGUGGGGCAGCUGGGGUCAGAGUGGACAGCACCAGGAGAGUUCACCAAGUUCAGGUCUCAGGCUUCCAAGUCUGUUCAUCUUAUUGCCUCCAGAAGAUACUACUUCGAGAUUCUGCAUAAGCAGGAUGACAAGGGUUCAGAUCAUGUGGAGGUUGGGUGGCGCCCUUUUCUCCCAGGCCUGAAAUAUGAGGUCAUUGAUUCUGCGUACAUCUCUCUGUACACAGAUGAGAGCAGUUUGAAGAUGAACAGUGUGGAUCACAUCCCUCAGACGCUGGCCAGCCACAGUCGCGUCUCUGGGGAGGCUGAGACCAGCAGCCGGCACGGCGCCGACAUGCUGAAACCGGACCCCCGCGACACCUUCUUUAAGACACCCAUGAUUGACCCGUCUCGGCUGGAGAAUGUGCUGCCCUCCUGUCUGUACUCACCCACUUAUGUAGUUAAAGACUUCCCCAUUGCCCGCUACCAGGGCCUGCAGUUUGUCUAUUUAUCCUUCGUCUAUCCUAAUGACUUCACCCGGCUCACCCACAUGGAGCGAGAGAAUAAGUGUUUCUACCGGGAAUCACCCAUUUAUUUAGAGAAGUUUGGUUUCUACAAAUACAUGAAAAUGGAUGAGGAGGAGGAUGAUCGGCCAUUCUUUUUCCCCAACCCGGAUGAUUUUCUUGAAGAAGAGGAGGGAGUGGAUCCUGAGGAUGAAGCAGAGAUUGUUGGCACUCCGUCAUCAAAGAGGAUCACCCGUCCCAGCCAAUCCAGUCACACCUCUAGCCCCUUCCAUAAAACAGGAUCCAUGUCAACAGGGGAGGCAGAGCUAAAGAGCCCAAUGCUCAGGAGAGAACAAAGGCAUUUCUUACACAGGGAGGAUCCAGUGGAUGAGGACAGGAGGAAUGGGGCAGGGCUUGAGGAUCCUGAUGGAAUGGAUGAGGGUGCAGAACCAGAGGACUCUCAGAAUAAGAAUGUAGUACAUGGUCGCUCUCUUUCUUGGAUCCGGAAAGAUCCAGAGGAACCGAGGAGAAAGAGCCGGUCUGAUGAUCGUUCCCUAAAGCUCAGCAGAUCAACUCUGCUGUUCCCUCAGAAAUCCUCCCUUGUUGCUCUAACCAGUCGAGCCAAGCAGAUCCUGACCAACUCUGCCCAUGCUGGGCGCUCCAUCAGUGAUCGUAGUCGUAAUAAUGGUCAUGGCAACACCCACCCUACCAACAACAAGGGCCACAAGAAGGAGGACAAUAAAAUCUACAUCACCAGGCCCCGUUCAAGCAAGGAUAAGAAAGGCCUUGUGUCAAGGCAUCCUCGAGAGGUCUUCCCAGGGGUCUUUCUCUAUCAAAAUGGUAAGACCACCAAGCUGGUCAACCUGAGCUCCAAGCACAAGGCAAGUAAAGGCGUUCUCCUAGCAAGGCCUCCUCUCAGAGAAAACAGGGUUUUCCCUUCAAGUUCAAACUCCAGCAGAACGAGUGCAGUUCGCCAGGCAUCAAGCAGGGCGGCACUCCUGAGCCACACCGAGAAGAGCAAAUCGUCAGCACCAAAUGAUCCCCGUCUUCCCACUAGGGGGAGUACUACUGCCAGACCGCCUCCUGCUCCUACCCCUCCCUCUUUUAACUCCUCCGAGAAUGCUCUGCCCACUGAGCCUCCACGGAUUACCUCUUACCUUCGCACCUCCGAGAUCACAGAGUCCCAGCCUCAGCCAGUGGAGGCGGAGCCUGAACCAGAGGAGGAGGAGGGUGGCCUGUCAGAAUACAGCUAUGAAGAGGUGGAGCCUCGCCCUGGCUGGGCAGAAGAGGCCAUCAACUGGCAAAGGACAUUUUCGGUCAACAGUAUGGACUUUGAAACACUACGCUCUGACUGGAACGAUCUGAGGUGUAACGUUUCAGGGAACCUGCAGCUGCAUGAAAGCGAAGUGGUGGACGUGUUAGCUCAGUACAUGGAAAAACUCAACGAGCGCAAUGGAGGUAUCUACACUCUGCUGCGGAUCAUAAAUGUGGAGAAGAGGCGUGACUCAGCGCGUGGGAAUCGUUACCUGAUUGAGCUGGAGCUGAUGGAGCGUGGGCGGAGUGUGGUGCGACUGUCUGAGUACGUCUACCUCUUACUGCACCGCGGCCGGCUGGAAGACAGCCUGGAGACCAGCGACGGGGUGACCGCUUCUCCCCCUUCAGUGCCCCAAACACCCUCUGCCCCAUCCUCCGUUCAGCCCCGCGCCACUCCGCAGUGGGGCACUGUCUACGCCAAGCCUCUGCUCUGCCAGCCCGUCAUGCUGCAGUGGAAACGGGAUGUCAUGGUGCACUUCGUGGUGCCUGUGAAGAAUCAGGCUCGCUGGGUUCAGCAGUUCAUCAGUGAUAUGGAGCUCCUGCACCGUGAGACCAAAGACGACAACUUCAACAUCAUCAUCGUGGACUUCCAGAGUGAGGACAUGGACAUAGAGCAGGCUCUGAGAGAGAGCUCUGUACCCAGGUAUGACUAUCUCAGGAGGGAGGGCAAUUUUGAGCGUUCCGCUGGUCUGCAAAUUGGAGUGGACACUAUUGAGGACAGUCACAGUAUCGUGUUCCUAUGUGACCUGCACAUUCACUUUCCCCUGAACAUCCUGGAGAGCAUCAGGAAGCACUGUGUGGAGGGCAGGCUGGCCUUCGCUCCUAUCGUCAUGAGACUGGGCUGUGGGAGCUCCCCGCAAGAGCCAGAUGGCUACUGGGAGGUGAACGGCUUUGGCCUCUUUGGAAUCUAUAAGUCGGACUUUGAUAAAAUCGGUGGCAUGAACACAGAGGAGUUUAAAGACAGAUGGGGAGGAGAGGAUUGGGAGCUGCUGGACAGAGUGUUGCAGAACGGUCUGGAGGUGGAGAGGCUGCGAUUGCGGAACUUCUUUCACUACUACCACUCCAAACGGGGGAUGUGGAACUCACAGACAAAAAAGAGCCCAAAGGGCUAGAGCUCAGCCUACAAGGAGAAAGAGAGAGACUUCAGAUGAACUUGUGGGCUCCCUUCAUCAGCCUCCUGCCCCAGUGUGUCUCAAGACUCUUAUGAACCAUGCAGGAGAGACACAGUGCUAGCCUGGCUAGCUUUCUGCCCACACAUCAAGCCAACAACACUCACAGGAGUAAAAGUGACUCUUCUUCUUUUCCCAUGUAGUGAGUGUGCCCUUGUGUGCGUGCGUGUGUGUGUGUUUUUGUUUGUGUGUGUUUUUGUUUGUGUGUGUGUGUGUGUGAGAGAGAGUGAGAGAGAGAGAGAGAGAGAGAGAGAGAGAGAGAUUCUCUGUUUGUUAGAAGAGGAUUUCUUUUUUUUAUACUUGAGAUAACCAAGCCUGGAGAUUUAUACUGAAACGAGCUGCAUUGACAGUUCAGUCUGUCUGUGUUAGUGUCAGGGCGCUGGCACAGUGAGACAAGUAAUGCAUUCAGUUUACUUUGUUCAGGUGUUUACAUCAUUUACACAUGAAUGAAAUGUAUCAACGCAGUGUUGUCCUUCAGUUCACACACUUUUGCCAAUAGUUGUGUGGCUGUCGUGUAUUUUAUUCAUGUGGAAAUGAGGUUUUCAUUUACAGAAGUAAAUUCAUUGCAUUUUUUUUUCAGUGCAGAGCUUAAAGAUGUCAAAUGGAAAUUACAAAAGGGAUAUUAUAAUGAGUUGCUUAAUGUGUGCCUCAUAAUGAUGUUAAUAUGAAGGUAACUGUGUAGAAGCUUAACUGUUUGGGUAUGUCAGUAUGUAGGUACGUCCUCUGUGGGUGUAAGAGGUUUUUUUGUAAUAUUACUACAGCACUGAUUCCUGUUGAAGUGCAAGCAGGUAAUUGUAUGUAUUCCUUGACUUGUAUAAUCCGUCCUAUUUCUUGCCAUCUCCAGCAGAGGGCGACUAAAGCUGAUGAAAAUGCACUAGUGUUGGGUGGCAGCCUGCUUUUCCUGUAUACACUGAACAGCCUGCUGGUUUUUCAUUAGAGAUCCUGUUGAUAGUCAAACUGCUGACCCUCAUGCUCCUGGACACAGUUGGACAUGGGAACUGCUGAGAAACAGAUUGAACUUUUCUCUUCUGUUUGUCUGUCUGUAUAUUUGUUUUGUUGUACGUAUUUCAGGCUACUUAUUAGGGGUGGGUGAUAUGAUGACAUAAUAUAAUUAUCACUGUGUUUGUGGGCUUUGACAAUAACCCACUGCAUGUUUCACUGAAAAUAGGUUCAGAAGAGGCUCCAAAGUGGUAUAGUUGUCUGAAGUUUUGCUCUAUUAUGAGAAGAUUGUGAGUUUGAACCUUGGUAAUGUCAAGACCCCAAAAUAUAACCAGCUAUGCUUAAUUGGUGCUAUGCUGGAAUGGCAGAACAUCGUGUGUCCAGAAAUAUCCAGACAUCCCUUCUAGUUGUUGAAUUUAGCUACUUGCACUCAUUGCUGACCCAAUUGCGCACACAUGGGUUGUACCAUUUCCAUAGGAAAGCAUUGUCAAUAAAGUGGGUUGCUCUAGAGCAGCCAAAAGUACCCUAAGGUCACCAUGCUCAAUGGCAAGCAUCAGCUAGAAAGGUAAAAAGUGCCCCUGGCACUGAGCUGUAGAGCAGUGGGACUGCAUUCUCUUUAGCCCCUGUAUCAAAUACAACACCUGCAGACCGUGACACAGUCCUAUUUGAUGUUAAGCAAAAAUAAAAACACAGCUGGCCUAUGGAUGUGCUGAGAUGUUUUAUUAUGGCCUUUAUAGUGGUUAAUAUCUAUUACUGAUGGAGCUCCAAUACAUUUAGGUUGAGUUGGAGUGACAUUUGAAAUCCAGAACUAAUCAUUCAACAUCUGUACCUGGUGUUCUUGGCUGAAUGCAGUCAGAUCUUAACAGCAUUCUAACAUCUAGUUUAAAGCCUUCCCAGAAGAGUUGAAGUUCUUACUACAGGACCAGGGGGGACAAACUCCAUAUUAAUACCCUUGUUUGGUUACCAUGUGUCCACAAACUUUUGGACAUGCAGUGUAUAAGAAAAAAACAGCAUUUUUUACAUUACUGUAUUUAGUCUUUUCUAAUUUCAGAAAAGAAACUUCAGAAAAAUGAAAUGCCGUAUGGAUUGUCUGUCAUGAAAAGUCUUCACGUGUUGUGAUUAUUAUAUUUGUGCCAUAUUGCCCACCUCUACUAUUUAUUAAGAGCAGAUGGGGUACUGAGUCUAGAGAUCUGAUUCUCAGAUACUUCCAGAUGGUUCUAGACUGAUUACAAACUUUACUCAAUCUGCUUUUUGAUCUAAGAGUCAUUUUGCAUUCAUCUGACCCACUGGAGUGCUGAUCUAGUAUCUUCACAUUCUAAUAUGGAUUGAGGGGGCUGAUGUCAGGCCAGUCCACUUUAUAGGCUCUGUUGUGUGCCAAGCGCUGAGCUUAAUCUUGCUCUGAGAGACUGUUUGAGACUCUCUUCUUCGUGCAGUAUCCACCUAUAGAGACUUUUGCAGUGGGACUACGCUGCUGUCCCCUGUGUGUGCCUUUCUGUUAAGGUGUUUUAAUGGGCUGCCUAUGGCAAGCCGGGUGUUACAUUUUGUCAAGUAAUUUACAAUGGGAGUCUGCAGAAAGCCUCAUAUCUGUCAUACAGUCAAAGCUGAAGGUUUUAUCGCAGGAGCGGGUGUCUGAGAUUCAUAAGAAAAUAAAGGCAUCACUGGAUUAUCUGGCAGCUGCAUCCAAAGAGGACCCUGAUGCAGUAACUCCAGCGUUUCAUGGCCUUUAUUUUCAAAACGAGCAGUAUUUACACUGACUGGAAUGGCUCAGGUGCUAUUGAUGUAUGGAACUGAUUUGCAUUGGGCGGUUCCAUAGUCUACAACUUUUAAUGAGAAAAAAGUUCAAACUCUGAUUAUACGCUGCUGAAUUCAAUGUGCACGGUGGUUUUGACCACCAGUAAGUUAUGCUACAUAUGUCCACAGCUGUCCAACUCAUUUUUAAGGUUACAAAAUUCAUACAGAUCUCUUUGGCCCUUCCCUUUUCCCGAGUCCACCAUGCCUGCAGACUCAGAAACCAGAGGAGGAGAGCAAAUGAGUAUAUGACUUUAAACAGGGAUCUACAUUCCAAAGUAAUUUCUGUGAAAUUGUUGUG